AUGUGGACGAGCUGGUUUGGUGGCUUCGCCGAACCGUCCGACUAUGCCACCGCCGAAAUGCCUGACAUUAAUGUUCAGGCAGUCAUUGUCUCAGCCAUCUUUGUCAUCCCAUAUUUGGCUUUUCUGGUAAUUCUACCUGGAGUUCGAGAGAAGCGCUUAGUGACAUUGGCUGUCAUUACGGUAGUAACAUUGACAGGUGCAAUUCUAGCAGUUGAAGAAAUGGUGGAACUGGACAAGCAAGGGUCACGGAUAGACAUGAGCCGACUUUACUACAAUGAAAACUUCGACAUCUCUGGAGGUUUACGACUUUCUCUUUGA